AUGCUCCUGAGGACAGGCAUACGGCCCAAUAUACUAAGGGUAUAUUGGAAGGUGACCCAUAGGGUACCCUUAUCAGAACAGCGUGGUCAAAUACGGAAUUCUAUGCCAAUGUACCCAUCACCAACCAGCGUGCCUUCCAUGCGACACAAUAGUAAAAUGGCAGCUGGGCGUGAAUUACUUUCUGCAAGAUUAACAAAGGCAAUUGAAAGACGAGAUCUCAAUCAAGCACAAACAAUUUACAAAGAAAUAAUCAAAUCUAAUGGUGCUAUUGAUCGCAUCUGUAUAAGCAGUCUCCUUGAACUGGCUGCCACAACAACAGAUUCACAUAACAUCAUGUUUAUCAAAGAUGUAAUUCGCGACAUGAAAUCAAUAUUUUCUUUUCCGCCAGAACCCCAUCAAUAUAAUAUGCUUAUUCAUGCAUUGUGCCUUCACAACAAAAGUAAUGAAGCGUAUCAAGUUUUCCAGCGAAUGCGAGCCAAGGGCUUAUCCCCCAACGUUUAUUCUUUCAAUACAUUGCUUGGUCAUUACAAACGACUGAACGAUGUUGAUAAAGCGAUUCAGUUAGUAAACGAAAUGAAACAAAAUGGAAUAGCGCGCGAUGCGAGUACCUACAACAUUAUUUUUCAUCUACUCCUACGAAAUGACAUGAUAGAAGAAGCUCAUGAUUUCUGGCAGCAAAUGACGUACGAACGUAUAUCUCCUGACGUUUAUACCUACUCUAUCCUCUUCCGAAUAGUCAACAAGACUGGUGACAUUGAGAUGGGCGAAGAUCUAUACAAAACGAUCUUGAAUCAAGCACAAAAAAAGCUGGCAGUUAAUGUAGACACUGUGCUAGUAAAUGAAUUGUUACUUUUCAAAGGAUCUGUUUCUCAAGAUCUUUCUGGCAUGCUCGAUCUUUAUGCCAAGUCUUCAAUCUUAUUUCCUCGUGUUAAGUUAGACACUGUGAGCUACAAUAUCCUGCUCGACACUUGCUUGAAACUCAAUAAUCCAACAAAAGCGUACAAGAUUUACAAAGAAAUGGUUGAUGUAGGCCUGUCUCCUGACGAAGUAACCUAUGGAACCAUCAUUGACGCAGAAGUACGCAUGGGAGAUAUUGAUGGAGCUAUUCAGAUAUUUAAAGAAAUGUGUACCAAAGGGAUUAUGCCUACUGAACGCAUUGUCACAAGACUCUCAAAUGCAACUGCCUAUAAGCAUAAUGAUGCGUCUUCUGUACAAUGUGUUUUCGACAUCGUUAAGAAACUUAAUGCAUCAAUUGGACUUACUUUGGAUGUAAAAGCCUACAAUGCUCUGUUGAGUGGACUGUCUAAAGAUGGUUCUUCUGAGCAAGCUCAAGAACUUUUCGAGGAAAUAUUUGUCCAGAAAGGCCAUGUACCCGAUAUCGUUACAUAUACCAAUCUUAUUGUAUCCUACAUCAACGAUCAACGCAUUGACGAAGCCAUGGAAAUUUAUUACGACAUACGCAAACGACAUUCUAUACAUCAUAAAUCUCAUAUCUCACUCGACGUUAAUCUCUACACCAUCUUGAUAUCUUCUCUUACAAACGCCCCUGCUACAAAAGACACAUCUUCGCCGUCAUACACAUCCGAUACGAUCAUUGAUUAUCAAGUCUUUAAUGCAGACGAUCUGAAUAGUUUAGACAAUAGCUCUCAUCCCAACCUUUUGGCAGCAUUAACUUUGUUUAACGACAUGCGACAGCUUCGGAUACAACCCAAUGCUUAUUGUUACACUGCAAUCCUUCAUGCGUGUGGUCAGCACAAGGAUAUGUAUGUUCUCGAACAGGUCCAUAAGCUCAUGAAGAUGGACUUGUAUUUUGACCCUGAUACUGCGGUAUAUAAUGCUCUCAUGGAUGCGUACAGUCGAUCCGGAGAAGGCGAAACAGUUCUCCAAAUUUGGGAAACUCUUAUUAUGUCCUCUAGUCCAACUACAUCUAUUGAUGCCACCACAAUUUCUAUUGUAUUGGAUAGUUGUGGCCAUAAUGGAUUGGGUCACCUCGCUAAGGAUAUUUGGAAGAGAUUACGAGACAAUGAGUUUGCAUUGAAUUCAAACAACUUUAAUUCCUAUAUAGAGUGUCUCUGUCGAUCGACACGUAGUAGACGUGGGUUUGAUAUCGCACGACGUGUGGCAAAAAAUGAGAUGAUGCCACCCCUUAGCCCACACUUACAACCUAUGAUACAUUCCAGGAGAUCCAAGCCCGAAUAUACUAGCAGAAAUGCAAUGCAACCGCGGAUAGAAGAAAAGACGAUAAACACGCUCAUCAGUUUUGGAAAAAAGAAAGGGAUUCCUGAAAUUGAAAUCGCUAGUCUAGAAGCUUGGAAAACCGAAUUGUUUGGAUAGAAGAGAUAUGGAAAGAAAAUUUAUUGCACCUCUAGCCAUGCAGUUAUCAUUGUUUUUAUAUAUGUAUAUAUGAGUAAAUCGCUAAUUCACAAAAAAAAGAGUAGAAAGAUUGUUGUUUAGUUCUGGAUAGGCAUGAAGGCAGCCGUGUCAUCUUUAACGGUCGGCAUGUUGAUUUCUUCAUGAUCGUGGCGACACUCCCAUAGACUUAGCUGAUAGAGAGUCACU